AUGCUAGCUACUACACAACCGAGGCAAUUGAGGUCAACCGGGAACUUCGCGUCGGGCGCGGCGGGUGGCGGGUGCGGGGCCCCUCGCUCCGCCCCCGCCACCCCGCUGCAGCUCGAACCGCACUCAAGAUCCAAACAUGAUAAACAUGCCUUGAAACCGCUUUCGGGUUCCGCGCCGUCUGUGCGCGUGGCGGCGCAGACCUCAGGUGACGAGACCGCGGAAGGCAAGCAGCCGAGCAAGUCACGACAGAAGAAGUUUCAAAGGCACUUUCCGCAGGUCGGACCCGAAGAACGAGUACUCAACUAUUAUUCAUGCGCCUUGGUAGGAGAUCUGUUGCUUCAAGGACAUUUGUAUAUAACGAAAAACUAUUUCGCUUUCUACUCAAACGUCUUUGGCUAUGUGACCAAGUUGCUGAUACCAACGACGUCCGUCCUUCGCAUAACAAAGGAGAAGGUGGCGCGUAUAAUUCCCAAUGCGGUGGGAGUGUGCACGCGCGACGAGCGCCACGUGUUCGGCUCGUUGUUGUCGCGCGACUCCACCUACAAACUUAUGAUGCACGUAUGGAAAGCGGCCCGAGUUCCUGAGCUGACUGUGCCUAAACCUGAGGAGCUAAGAGCAUCAGAAGUUGAAUUAGAAGCAUCAGAAUAUUCGCCAGAAGACGACAGUAGUUCUGGCGGCGCGGACCACAUAGACGCGCCCACCGCGCCCGUCAGGCCCGAGCCUGAAGCCAUCAUAGCUGCUGCGGGCGCGGCGGUGAUCCAGCCGGCGCUGCUGACGGGCGCGGCGCCGCGGCCGCGCGCGCGCCGCCGCCACGCCGCGCUGCUGGCGCUGGCCGCGCUGCUGGCCGCGCUGCUGGCCUGCUCCGCCGUCGUGCUCGCCUACCGGCUCUACUGCGUCGACACGGAGCAGGUGUCGGGCGACGAGCUGUACUCGGAGCUGGUGCGGUGGCGCGCGCGCCUGCACGGCCGCGCCGCCGCCGACCUGCACGCCUUCCUCUCCACCAACCUGCUGCUGCUCACCAAGGUGAGACAGUCGUUAGAAGCGCUGUCGGGUGUCAUACUUACAGAUAUGGCGCAAAACAUAGACGUUCCCAACGAGACUGUCUUUAGU